AUGCCCAGUAUAGGGUGGGACAAAAUUACUAAUGAAAGAACUGGCGGUGGUGGUGGUGGAGGGGGUAAUUUGAACAUCAGAGCUCCAACUGAUGCCAAAGGAAAGAAGGUAGCCACAUUUGAUCCGAACUACCAGACAUUAGCUGGCUUGAACAAUGAAGAUGUCUUCAAACCGAAGGUUCGUGAUU